CCCCGAGGUAUGUAUGUAAGUUUGAAGAUGUUAGAUACAAUGGUUGCUAUAAAACAACUAAAAUUCAACAUAAUAAUGUUUACCAAGUAGUAUUAAAAAGAUUUAUAUGUUAAGCGCUUUUUAUUGAAAUUUUCUUAAUAAUAUGGCUAAAUCAGAUAUUAAAAACAAUAUUUUUCCUCGGAUACAAUAUGCAUUUCCUAUUUUAUAUGAACAGAUUUACAACGAAUGUACAGAUGAUGAAUUUACUAAAAUAGCUAAUGAAAUAAGGACCCUUGGAUUGACGGAUUUUGUUGAAGAUAUAGUUAUUUAUCAUAUACAACUAUACAUACGACAAAAUGUUGCUCCUACAUUUUGGAAACAGUUUGUAAACACUGUAGAUGGACAGCAAGGUUUUGAGCAUUUUAAAAAUGCAGUGGAUGGAUUAUAUACAAGUUUAACUGAAUUUUUACCACUAUUAAAACGAUUAGAAUAUCUGGUUCAAACUAAAGUAAUUCAAACAACUGGUGAAAACAAUAUAUUGAAUCAGUUUAAAUUAAUUGUGAGGUCUACAUUGCUAAGCCAAUUGCCCUUACGUUAUGAACACAUAGUAGAACAGUUUUAUAAAAUAUCGUUUAACGUAUUCUGCAGUGCAGACAAUGCUAUGCAUGCUAAAGCAGAAGGUGAUUCGCUUCAAUGUAUGGGUUGUUUCCAAAAAGUAGAGAAAUGUCAGUGCCAAAUGAUAGUAUUCAUGUUCCACGAAACCAAUAGAAAAUUAAUUGAGUUGGAAUUGCUGGAACGAAUAGUUGGUAAUGUUCUUACAUCCCUGAUACAUAUACGUAUAAAGAAUCACAUAUAUCGAUCAUGUGACAAAACAUUUGAUGUAUCACAGAUAACAUCGCUAGAAAAUUGGCUCGAGACAGUUGUUAUGAAUUGGUUGAUCAGAAUAUACUCUGGUGGUUCUUCAAAGAUUGUAUCUUUAAAUGAUCAAACCCGUAAUGCUAUAGAGAAAUUUAAACAGAAAUUAUCACACUUUUUAUACGAAACAUAUACAAGAUUCAGAAUUGAACAACUCUUUGAUAUUAUUAUAGAAUAUCCUGAUUCCCAGCCUGCUGUGGAUGAUCUACGUAUUUGUUUGCAACGAACCGAUCUUCGAAAAUUUUUAAUAGACAGUUUACAAGAAGCACUGAAAUCAAGAUUACUGCAUCCAGGUGUAAAUACACCGGAUAUCAUAACAGCUUAUAUAGCAGCUAUAAGAGCAUUACGACAAUUGGAUCCAACUGGAGUUCUUCUCGAAACAAUAACGGAACCUAUUAAAAUUUAUUUAAGAACCAGAGAAGACACUGUUCGUUGUGUGGUAAGCGACUUGCUCGACGAUUCACCGAGUGAUCUAGCGGAUGAAUUAGUUAAAGGAGAAUCUAUACAAUUAGACGAUGGUUCUGGCGACGAAGAAAACGAAGAUUGGGAUAAAUGGAUGCCGGACCCUGUUGACGCUGAUCCUGCAAAAUCAGCCCAACGCAGAAUGUCAGAUAUAAUCUCCAUGUUGGUGAAUAUAUAUGGCAGCCAAGAUCUGUUUGUAAACGAAUAUCGUACAUUGUUAGCGGAUAGAUUAUUGUCUCAAUUAAAUUAUCACACCGAACGAGAAAUACGCCAUUUGGAGUUACUGAAAAGGCGUUUUGGAGAAAAUCAACUACAUUAUUGUGAAGUUAUGUUGAAAGAUGUAUACGAUUCUAAAAGGAUAGACGGUCACAUACAGUCUGAUGCAAAUUACAUUUUGGAGAAGCAACGGUUUCCUACGUCCGCGUUGAUAUUAUCUGCGCAAUUUUGGCCACCGUUCAAAGAAAACUGGAAAUUGGAACUACCGAAAAUUGUACAAAAUCAGUUGAACAAAUACGUGAAAGCAUUUGAGACUUUGAAAGGAAAUAGAACGCUCUGUUGGAAACCACAUCUUGGAAAUGUAACCCUGGAAAUUGAAUUGAAAGAUAGAAAAUUGGAUAUAAAUGUAACACCUAUACACGCUACAAUUAUCUUACAUUUUCAAGAUAAAAAGGAAUGGACUUUGGAAGAACUUGCUGAAGUGAUGCACGCUCCUGCAACCGUACUUAGAAGAAAAAUAACAUUUUGGGUAUCGCAAGGUCUUUUGAAAGAAGUAUCUAACGACGUAUUUGUGUUACAAGAAGAAAGCUCGACGAAGAAUAGAUCUUUGACAGAUAUUGUCGAGGAGGAAGAAAUCGAAAGUGUAAUGGCGUCUGCGAGCGAUCAGAGGGAAGAAGAAUUACAAGUGUUUUGGUCUUACAUCGUCGGCAUGUUGACUAAUUUAGAUUCCAUGCCGUUGGAAAGGAUUCAUCAAAUGUUGAAAAUGUUUGCAUCUCAAGGUCCGGGUGCAAUGGAAUGUGGUCUACCUGAAUUGAGACAGUUUCUAGAUAGAAAAGUUCGGGAACAUCAGUUAUUAUUUUCAGGUGGUUUAUAUCGUUUACCUAAAUCAUAAUUUUGCACUCAUUGUUCGUUCGUUUUCUUUUUAUAAAAAGGAGAAGAAGAAGAAAGAAACGUAAAGUGAUUACGUCUCGGUGUAUAUAUUAUAAAAAUAUUUAUUUCAUAUAUUUGUACGAAAACAAUAAUGAACAUUGUACAAAAGAAAUGUAAAUUUUAUUUGUCCUAAUGGUAACAUUAAGUAAUUUUCGAGAUAACCUCGAAAGUAUAUCUUAUUGAAAUCUUGUAUUUGUAAAAUAUCCAUUUUCUUAAUCUGGAUGUAAUGCUUAUAAAUAAAAAGUAUACCGUACUAUCAA